AUAUUCCUACACAUUUUUCAACAAGUUCUCAGUUUUAUUUUAUUUUUCUUUAUAUUACAUUCCACCGAAAGUUGUAUCAACUUAACACCAUUCAUCAAGAACAGAAUAAAGCAACAAAAUAAUCUAUAGUAACAAAAUGGGAAACCUUUACCUUUCAUCUCCAAUUCUGCAUUAACAUUUCCAAAUCCACUCCUAAGAAAGAGAAAACAGCAACGGCAAAGCAGUGAUAUGGGGUGUUGCUUUCAUGGCUCCACAGCUAUGCCACCGAUGGAAACUGGAAGUACUGUUGAAGAAUAUGCAGGACCCAAGAACCUCAAACAAGAAGUUCUGAUAAAAAUACCAGAAUGCAAAGUUCAUCUGAUGGAUGAAGGAGAAGCUUUUGAACUAGCUCAAGGACAUUUCAUGGUCAUCAAAACCUUCGACGAAGAUGUGUCUCUUGCUACAAUUAUAAAAGUCGGAGAUGAUCUUCAUUGGCCUUUGACUAAAGAUGAGCCUGUAGUGAAGCUAGAUGCUCUCCAUUACUUGUUUUCAUUGCCCGUGAAAGACGGUGAGCCUCUUAGCUAUGGAUUGAGCUUUGCAGAAGAUAGUUAUGGAAGUUUGGUUUUGCUGGAUUCAUUUUUGAAAGAGCACUCUUGCUUUUCUGGCUUGAAGUUGAGUAACAAGAAUGAUCUUGAUUGGAAGGAGUUUGCUCCGAGGGUUGAUGAUUACAAUCAUUUUCUUUCCAAGGUUAUUGCAGGAGGGACUGGUCAGAUUGUGAAGGGUAUCUUCAUUUGCAGCAAUGCUUACACCAACAAGGUUCAAAAAGGAGGAGAAAUGAUCCUAAAUAGUCAUGCAGAUGAGAAAAAUAGUUUUGUGGCCAAGGAAAGUAUGAGCAACAAGAGUGUUGGUGCCUCGAAGAAGAACAAGAUCAAUAAAAACCUCAAACGUGUGAGGAAGCUGUCUAAGAUGACAGAAAAGUUAAGCAAAUCUUUGCUUAAUGGUGUUGGCAUAGUUAGUGGAUCAGUGAUGGUUCCUUUGGUUAAAUCCCAACCAGGAAAGGCAUUUCUAAAGAUGCUUCCUGGAGAGGUGUUGUUGGCUUCCCUUGAUGCAAUCAACAAAGUUCUGGAUGCAGCUGAAGCUGCUGAAAAACAAACUCUUUCUGCCACCUCCAAAGCUGCAUCCAGAAUGGUCUCUAACAGGUUUGGGGAAAAUGCUGGGGAAGCCACUGAGCAUGUUUUUGCAACUGCAGGACAUGCUGCUAACACAGCUUGGAAUGUCUUUAAGAUACGAAAGGCCAUCAAUCCAGCAACCAAUGGCGUACUCAAAAAUGCUGUCAAAAAUGCAACUUUUAAAUAUUAAAUUAAAAUUCCCAUCAAAUUGUUUGUCAGUAAAAUGUGGUGCUAUUAAUCACUAAUUUUUGUACAUAUCUAUUCAUUACAAUUUCAAGCUUUAACCUUUUUAGAAUUUAUCCGUAAGCCCUAAGCUUUUAUUUUCGGAGGGUGUAAUGCAAAUUCAUAUCAAAAAAUGUUAAAUGGAAAUUAACUCAUGUUUGGCA